UGAGAGUCCACAUUUCACACAACACGCUUUUAUACAGCGAACUCUCUCUCUCACCUUCCAUUGCCAUUUGCUGCUUUUGUAUUUGCUCUCUCUCUCCCUCUCUCUCUCUCUCUCACACACACACACACACACUCAUUUAUAGUACUCAUUAUCAUUCUUCUCUCUACUUAUUGUUUUCUUCAUCUCAACUUUUAUCUAUACAUUGUGUUUCUCGCCAGGCAAAAAUGGCUGAUACAGCAAAAUAUACACCUAUUAAUGGUGGAAAAACACUCAUUACUGAACUGAAAACUCAUUUCUCUUUUAUGAAAACUAAAAGAACUGUUACUUGUGCGUAUGGUUUCAUGUUUGUUUUCAUUCUUGUUACUUUCUUCUUGGCUAUUAGUCCUUCUCCCAACUCUUCUUCUCCAUGGUUUACUAAUAUUUUCUCUUUAAGUAGUAGCAGUACUAGUACUAGUGGAAGUGGUAAUUUUUCUGAUGCAUCUUAUAGAUCUCAUUUCUCUUCUGUUUACUCUUACUUUUUACCUAAUUCUUCACAGCAAGUUCAGAAUUUUACUAGCCCCAGAUCCCAAAAUGGAGUCUUGAAUAACCCCUUGAAGGAUUCUGUGAAUGUGUCAGCAGAGGCAUCAAAAGCUUCAUCUGGGGUGAACCAAGAAUCACCAAGUGUGAAGAAUCAGUCCCAAAGUGAUGAUUUUGAUGGUAAAAAUGGAGUCUUGAAGAACCCCAAUGCUUCAGCAGUAGCUCCAAAAGCUUCUUCUGGGGUGAAUCAAGAACCAUCAAGUGUGAAGAAUAAGGCCAAAAGUAAUGAGUUUGAUGAUAAAAAUGGAGUCUUGAAGAACCCCAAUGUGUCAGCAGAAGCAUCAAAAGCUUCUUCUGGGGUGAAUCAAGAGUCAUCAAGUGUGAAGAAUAAGGCCAAAAGUAAUGAGUUUGACGAUAAAGUUGGAAACUUGAAGAACCCCAAUGUGUCAGCAGUAGCUCCAAAAUCUUCUUCUGGGGUGAAUCAAGAACCAUCAAGUGUAAAGAAUCAGCCACAAAGUAAAGAUUUUGACGAUAAAGUUGGAAACUUGAAGGCAAAUCAGAGCAAAAAUCCAUUGGAAAAAUCACCAGAAAGUGUGAAUCAGACAGCAAAUCCAGCACCAAAAUCUGGUAUUGCAGAAAAGGGAGUGAAGAGUAAUUUCACUUCUUCAUUUGUUGGUACAAAUUUAGAUGUGUCGGCAAAGAAGAAAGAGGAUGAAGAUUUGGUUAAUUCUUUGUUGAAUUGUGAUUUCUUUGAUGGGAAUUGGGUGAAAGAUGAGUCUUAUCCUUUGUAUAAACCUGGUUCUUGUUCACUGAUUGAUGAACAAUUCAACUGUUUUCUCAAUGGUAGACCUGAUAAUAGUUACAUGAAGAUGAAAUGGAAGCCAAAUGCUUGCACUCUUCCAAGAUUGAAUGGCACUCACAUGCUGGAAUUAUUGAGAGGAAAGCGAUUAGUAUUUGUCGGUGAUUCGCUCAAUAGGAAUAUGUGGGAAUCCCUUAUUUGCAUUCUUAGAAACUCCGUCAAAGAUCAGAAAAAAGUUUAUGAAGAAUCCGGGAGACAACAUUUUAGGACAGAGGCUUCGUAUUCAUUUCUAUUUGAGGAGUAUAAUUGCAGAGUGGAGUUCUUUGUAUCUCCAUUCUUAGUUCAAGAAUGGGAAUUUGCCGAUAAAAAAGGAGUGAAGAAGGAAAGUCUUCGACUUGAUUUAAUCGGAGAGUCUUCUGGUAAAUAUAAAAAUGCAGAUAUCUUAAUCUUCAACACUGGCCACUGGUGGACACAUGAGAAAACUUCCUUAGGGAAGGACUACUAUCAAGAAGGAAGUCACGUGUACAGCGAAUUAGAUGUUCUUGAAGCAUUUCGAAAAGCUUUAACAACAUGGGGAAGAUGGGUUGAUUCCCAUGUUAAUCCUAAGAAAACAUUUGUUCUCUUCCGCGGUUAUUCUGCAUCUCAUUUUAGCGGUGGACAGUGGAAUUCAGGUGGAGCAUGUGACCAUGAAACAGAACCAAUCAAGAACACUACAUAUCUUACUCCAUAUCCAUCAAAGAUGAAUGUAUUAGAAAGAGUCUUAAAAGGGAUGAAAACUCCAGUCUCAUAUCUCAAUGUCACAAGAAUGACAGAUUAUCGAAAAGAUGGUCAUCCAUCGAUAUAUCGGAAACAAAAAUUUACUACUGAGGAGAAGAAAACACCGUUGCUGUUUCAAGAUUGUAGUCAUUGGUGCCUCCCCGGUGUACCUGAUGCUUGGAAUGAGUUGCUAUAUGCCAAGAUUUUAGUAUAUGAACAUCAAAAACAACAACACGGCAAGAAGUCGUAGAGACUCGGGCUCAUUUUCCACCCGAGUACGGUUGCAUUAUAAGCCACUGGCCCUCGGGAAUUUCUCGGUUAUACAAGAAUAUGGGAGAGUAUGUUUAUAGUGUAGACUAUAUAUGCCAAAGUAGAAAAGUUUCCCUAGGAGAGAUAUUUGUACUUAGCCUUGGAGCCAACGGUAAAGUUAUCUCCACGUGACCUCGAAGUUCAAGCCGUGGAAUCGAUGUUUGCAUCAGGAUAGGCUGCAUAUGUCACAUUAGAAUGCGGCUCUUUCUUGGAUGCUGCGUGAACGCAAAAUGCUCUGUGCAUAGAUUCCAAAUAUUUUUCCGAACCUCGAAGGGCUCAACAUUGUAAAAUAUAUUCAUAAUUAUUUACAUUAUAUACUUCAAAUAAUUUAAUGAAUUAUAUGAUUAAAUUAUAUUUGUUGGA